UUGCGUAAAAAGAACACAUAAAUCCCCAUAAUUCCUUUUGCCGUGAAGUCACCUGAAUACAGCAUCACGUUGAAAGUCCGGAUUUAAAGCCCUGCUCCGACAGAAAACCGAAAGCCGUUGUUGUCCCACAGUGAAAAUGUUGCGGGUCCUCAUAUUAUUAUCCGGUUUGCUGUUCAAAGCCUCGCCGUCGCAGAUCACCGGUCACGGAGACGUAUCAGCCGACUACGGUGGCGACGCGCACUACAGGUGCGCAGCGCACAACCUCACAGGUGUGCUCCAGGUGACAUGGCAGAGACACUUCAAGGAUGACUCCAUUGAGAACCUGGUAACCUACAGCAAACGGUUUGGACAGCAAAUUAAUGAACCCUACCAGGGGAAAGUGAUCUUCACUGAGGCAUCGCUGAGCUCGACAGCCAUCACUCUGAAGAAUGUAACGUGGGAGGAUGACAGCUGUUAUAUUUGCUCUUUCAAUGUGUAUCCUGAUGGGUCCAAAAGGAAACAGACUUGCCUCACGGUGCAAGGGAUAUCUGAGGUGGAAACUGGUGUGCAACCUGCCAGCAGUGAGGGAGAAAACACAGAGAAGCUUGUGUUUAGCUGCUCUGCGACGGGUAAACCAACUCCAACAAUUAAGUGGGUCCUCUCAACUGAUGUCUCCCUCUUGAGCCAAACGCAAACCACUGCAGCAGAAAACAGCGACCACACAUUUACCAGCAGCAGCAACAUCACUGUGCAGGUACAGCCGGGCUGGACCGGACACGUGGUCUGCCAGCUGAACAGUGGAACGAGGGGAGAAAGGCAGGAAGAGAUUCAUUAUGCUCCGAGCCUUGACAAGCCAAACAAGGAAGAGGAAGGGAAAAGUCUGUCUUCGAUAGGUCUCGCACUUGUGAUCUGUGCUGUCUUUUUAAUAUCCUGCAUCGCAGUUGCUGCUGCAGUAAAGCGAAAAAGGUUAAAAGACGUCAGAAGAGGUGAAAAUGUUUAACGAGUAUUUGGUCCUUCGCACAUCUGACCAAGGAAGGAUUGUAAAAUAAAAAUCUCCUGCCUGAAUUUCAGCAAUGUGAUAGUGAAAUAAGCUAAAGGCUGAGCUCCAUUAUCCUGUCUAAUUGAUAUUUCUUGCAAACUGCACUUUAACUUUGCUCUUUUCACUGGGCUUCAAGCAAAUGGCUUGUUCGUGGCAAUACAAACGUGCAGGAACCACAACCUCUGUUUAUACAGGAGUAUGACGAGAGUCGUCUCUAAGCAACUGUGAGACAAAGGAAGUCAAAGGUUUACAUUUUCCAGUGGAGCAGAAAGAGUUAUGUAUGAGAAUAAAACUCUUAGGCAGUUAAGUAAACUGUUUCAUUCGUUGCAGCGCAGUGCAACAGUAAAGGUUUGGUUGAGAGAACCAUAACAUUAGCAGCAGCAAGCUGGUAAAGGAGCUGAAAACAAGGAAAUGUCCUGCAAGAGGCAAACUGUGACUAUAGUGCCACCUGGUGGACCAAAAUUAGUACAGAUACCUUAUAUAAAUUAGAUAUAUAUGAUAUGAAGACUUUAUUUUUUGCUUAUUGUACUCCAAGUUUGCUGAUAAUUUUUGCACUUUAAUGUCCAGUGUUUGCAUUUGUUCAUGUUAUUUAUUGCUCACAUAAUUAAAAAUACAAAUUUACUGUAUGGUUGUAACUGUGAUGUUAACCUGGGCAUGAUGUCCAGAGUCUUUCUGUGAUGAAUCUUUUAGUCCAUGCGAUUUAAAUAAUUUAUUCUCUGACCUCUUUUCAUGUUCGUGUUUAUAUUUAUUCACUGAAUUAAAAUGUCAGGAUUGAAUGUUA